CACUACGUUGCCGCGGUUGCGUCGCCAACCUUCUACUGCGAUUCCUUUGGGGAGAGACUCCAGGGACCAACUCGCUGGAUGGUCCUUUCUCCAUCGAAGAAGCCGAAAAACGAGGUUGGAAGCUUUUAACUCGCCGGUUUCCAACUCGUCAAGCGAACAAGGUUCGCCUCAUAGAUCCACUUGUUCCGCAGAACAAAGUCUCUACGUUGGAGAAGAGCGUACCCAUGACGUCGGCAGGGGACAUCCUCGCUCAGGCUUCGGCCCUGCAUGAUGUGAAUCUGGUGGAUCAGCCAGUGUGUAAGAUGAACAGGAGGUUCAUCAAAGCAGCACUGAAGGAAGAAAAGUUGUACGAGAAGGACGUUUGCGGCUUCAUCUGCAAUGAUGGACCACCUCCAUCAGAAAAGUGGUUUCACAAGUCUACGCCGCCUACACGUAGUAGUUCGGAAGUCCCCGCUAGUAGCGAUCUCCCACCCUCUCGCAAACGAUCAGCGGCAGACGCCCAAAAGUCGGACGAGACUCUCUCCUUUGCCGUGGUUGCGGUGUUUUUGUU